UGAAAAAGGCUUCGUGAAACUGGAUAGAACGUGCGCCUAUAUUUCCAAGGGUCUUCGUUCUUACAAUGAAGCAGUAGCUGUUUGUACAAAUAUGGGACUUCAGUUAGCAAUGCCUAACGAAUCAGAAGAGAAAUCCAGACUCCUAAUAUUGCUAAAUUCUAAUGGAAUAAAAUCUGUUUGGUCAACAACCGACCACGAUGCUAUAAGAACUGUAGUUAAUAACGCAGGAGAAUCUGGGAAAGGCCUCUGCGCAGUUUCAUCCAUCACCGAUUUGGAAUUCAAGAAAAACGAGAGCAUCUGCGAUGAACUUUUGAACUUCAUUUGUAUAAGAAAAUCUGAAGCCUAUUCUUUAGCAAUGUGCGAAGAUCCAGGUCCUUUGUUUAAUGGAUAUAGCGAACCCAUUGGCCGCAUUGAAGGCGUCUACUAUGUCGGAUCUUCCGUAGAAUACAAAUGUGAACCACUUUAUUAUUUAAAGGGUGCAGAUAUCAUAUCUUGUACAGCAAAAGGUAGCUGGUCUGAGAGCAAGCCAACUUGCGUAAAAGUGGAUGCAUGCGAGGAACCACCUGUUCCUACCGGAGGUUUCGUUACAUACUUGCCACCAUUGAAAAAUCCUACAGAACAGAGAGCAGCAAUGAGUAGAUCAGGAGUGAUUGGGACCAGAUUAGCGAGACUCCCUGCUGGGUUAGCAGCUCCUCUGCCGCAAAAUUUGCCGUUGACAGACUCAACAGAAUCAGAGUUACCUAAAUCAGUGGCCUUACCUCCUGGUGUCUACAGUUUAGGAACUAGGGCUAUGUAUGAUUGCGAAUCACGCUACUAUAAACUCAUAGGAUCUAGAACAAGACGAUGCCAGAGCCAAGGAGAAUGGAGCGGAAGACCACCUACUUGCAUACCAGUCUGUGGAAAAUCGGAUUCUCCUCGCUCUCCUUUCAUUGUCAAUGGAAAUGCAACAGAUAUUGGACAAUGGCCGUGGCAAGCUGGUAUUGCCCGCUAUUUGCAAGACUACAAUCGUUGGUUUCUUCUAUGCGGUGCUUCAUUACUUAAUGAGAACUGGCUGAUUUCUGCUGCUCAUUGUGUUACGUAUGCAGGCACGACCCUUAUUAUAGAACCGGGCAAAUUUCAAGUCUAUUUAGGCAAGUAUCAUCGCGAAGAUGACAAGGAUGACGAAUAUGUUCAAGUCAGAAAGGUGCAAGAAAUACACUUCCAUCCAGAUUAUGAUCCUGGUCUAUUUGAUGCUGAUAUAGCUUUAAUACAAAUGGAUUCCCCUGUACAGCUUAACAGUAGAGUGCAACCAAUCUGCUUACCAACAAAACAGACUACUCGAAGCAAUCUGGCAGAAGGACAAAAGGGAAUUGUUACAGGCUGGGGAAUGAACGAGAAUGAAACAUAUGCUGAAACCUUGCAACAAGCAGUCUUACCUGUAGUGUCAAGUGCUAAAUGUGAGCAAGGCUACGAAGAAUCGGAUUUACCUUUAACAGUAACAGACAACAUGUUUUGUGCAGGUUAUGAACUUGGAAAGACAGAUGCAUGUGGUGGUGACAGUGGAGGACCUAUGGUUUUUAUCGAUCAGUCUUCUAAAGAAAGAAAAUGGGUUCUUGAAGGUAUUGUUAGUUGGGGAAGCCCUGGAGGUUGUGGAAAUCCUAAACAAUAUGGUGGCUUUACAACUGUUAGCAAAUUCUUGGACUGGAUUCAUCUUUACUUCUAAGUCCUUAACAAAAUCUACAUCUUUUUGAAGUUAAAAAUAAAAUGAAAACAAAAUUUGGCUCUUACUAACUCAGUUUUUUUAAUGCUUUUACCCAAAGGCAUAAAUGUUUAGUUACUGUUUGUGUGUUUUACGUUGAAUAUAUAACUUGCAGCAGUUUAAUAUGGUAAACAAGCGAUGGUUAUAUCAGUGUCUUUUUCAAGCAGUGCUCAAGUCAGGGAAUUAAAAAAUAGUAAAAGUUUUUAUAAAAUAAGCUUCUAUUUAAAAUUUAUAAAGUAAACUACAAGGAGAAAAUUGUUAUUAAAUGUCCGAAGGUCUCCCACCCCUCUUUUCCUAAGAAAGAAGGAAAUUGAUCAUGAUAUAAUUUAUUGGAAACAAUAAACUGAAUAAUUCUCUUUACAAAAUUCUUCUACAACUUUAUAUCAUAAAUAAUAAAUGUAUGGUACAGCCUUGAGAAAUUUAUAAAGAUAAUGACUUAUACUUUAGAUAAUGCAAUUAAAUUAAUAGAUUUCACUAUUUAGGCACAAAGGAGAAGAAUAAAUGGCACAUUACUAAAGACAAUUUUCUCUGGAACUUGUAGCCAGCAUUGGAAUCGUGUGUGAAGAAAAUUAUGUACAGAGAGCUUAAGGAGAAAGAACUUUCUAAAGAAAGUUCUACUUUGCAUACUCUAAAUUCAGUUUAGAAGGAAAAAUAUCCGAAUUUGUAUAGAAAAUACACAAGUUGUAGACAAAAUCAAUGGACUUGUGUAGCACUUAAGAACAGAGAUUCAGUUUAAAAAGUGAUUUGCAGCAUGUUAACCUCUAGAAAGAGCCAGCAACAAGUUUUUCUUUUAAGAUAAAAGAAUGCUGAAACAUUAUGUAAUAUGGAAAGGAAUUAUACUAAAUGAAUAAAUGCUAACUGCACUUACUCAUAAAUAACACAAUGUGCACUAAGCAACACUGAACUAAAAUGUUUACACAAGGCUCUCAGAAGUGCAUUUAAUUCUGACAGUUCUUUUUUUGGACUUAUACUUCUUGGGCACCCAAAGCUAAAGUGAAUAACUUGAAAGUAAAAAAACAGAGAACACAUUUACCAUCUGAGUUUUCCGAUUAAAAUUUGACAGGAUAUCUUGGAGACAAAUGAAGAAUAACUAUUGAAAGAUGCAAAGUUCUUCUGAAGAAACAGUGCUAAAAACAUACUUUAGUAGAGAAAUGGAAUUCAUUGCUACAAAUUGUCUUUAAAAAUUAAUUUCUACUAUGAAAUCCAUUCCAAAACCACUAAUCAUCAGUAAACAGUGAUAAUUUCUCUCUAAUAAAACUAAAAUAUAAAUCUGC